AGCGAUUGAUCAGCGGCGGUGCGCCCUUGUACUGAAGGGAUAGUGUAUACCGAGGUGAGUGGCAGGGAGCAAGAAAACCUUAAGGAACAAGCCGCCGGAGGAACAGUGGUUCCAGCUUGGAAGAGUUGCAGGCACAUGCUUGUGUCAUGUCGGGACGCAAUGGGAUUGCUGUACCACUGCAUAUACAAAGGCUGGAAAGAGCCCUAGAUCUUACUGGGUUAAUUGACCAGAUCAGGAAAUCUUCAGAUAACCUUGGAAGUGUGACAGAAUGGGAGCGGCUGCCGGACGGCCUGUCGGCCAGCCUGGCUGAGCUGGCCGAGCCGUCGGAUGUGGAGACAGCCGACAGCGAGCCCGACCUGCCACCGCUGCCAGACUACGGCGGCUCGUGGCAGGACGGGGCCGAGCUGAGCCGCGCGCGCCGCCUGCUGGCCGCCGACCUGCUCGGCUCGUCCGAGGAUGAGUGGCCGGACGAGGCGGCCGAGCUGGAGCGGCCGCUCAGUCAGCUGGACCUGGCGCGCAUGUUACAGCAGCACCGCAUGAAGAACAAGCUCAGCCGACAGUACCAGCUCAACCCGGUGCCGAGCGGGCACAUGUACUACUCGGCCGGCCUGCUGAGCGAGCUGGACCGACACCCGUCGGCUGGCGCGGCGGCGCCCGGACCCGGCGCCGCCGCCCGGCCCGACGAGGACGCCGACAACGAGGAGAGUUUCCUGUCGGUGGACGCUGGGUUGGACAUGGAGCUCGGAGAACCGGACACCGACAGAGGGCCCCGCUACGGCGCCGCCAAGAAAGCUCGCGGAACCGCCGAAAAGCGCACCAAGAAGGCCAUCAAACAGGAGAAGGACACACUCAAGGCUCUGGCCACGCAGCGCCGCAAGCUGUGGCUUUACAUCAGCAAGAAGGAGAUCGGCAAAGUGCAGCGCUCACUGGUCAACGGCCGCAAGGACAAGAUGGUCAUCCUGAAGCGGCUGGCCACCGGCUGUAUGCGCGCCGCUCGUCAGAAGGCCGUCCUGUCCCAGAAGGCGGAGCGUGACGUACUGGGCCGGAUGAAGCGGCUCACCCGAGAGAUGCAGACGUACUGGAAACACUACAACCGGGUGGAGAAGGAGACGCGAAAGCGACUGGAGAAGGAAGAGAUCGAGCAGAAGAAGAUCAGCACCGAAAUACUCGAGGCCAAGCGGCAGCAGCGCAAGCUCAACUUCCUGAUCACCCAGACGGAGCUGUACGCGCACUUCAUGGGCCCGAAGGCGGCCGGCCGACGCGAGGAGGCCAUUCUGGGACAUCUGGACGAGGCGGCCGCCGACGCGCGCAUCGCCAGCAUUGACGACUACGACAGUGAGGCGGCCAAGACUCUGGCGCUGGAGAACGCGCGCGCUGCCGUGGAGCGCAGCCGGCAACACAUGGGGCUGUUCGACCGGAGCUCGGGCCAUGCCUCCGCCGCCGCCGCCGCCCCCGAUGAGGCGGCCCUGCGGCUGGAUCAGCCGGAGGCGGCCCGCGAGUACCCGCAGCCGGCCCUCUUCCAGGGCGUGCUCAAGACGUACCAGCUUAAGGGCAUGAACUGGAUCGCCAACCUGUUCGACUCGGGCAUUAACGGCAUCCUGGCGGACGAGAUGGGCCUGGGCAAGACGGUGCAGACGAUCGCCUUCCUGGCCCACCUGGCCGAGCACUACGGCAUCUGGGGGCCGUUCCUGGUGGUGUCGCCCGCCUCCACGCUGCACAACUGGCAGCAGGAGCUGGCUCGCUUCCUGCCGGUCUUCAAGGUCGUGCCGUACUGGGGCACCACCCAGGACCGUAAGGUGCUGCGGACCUUCUGGGAGCCGACCAACAUGCACACGAAAGAGGCCAGCUUCCACGUGGUGGUGACGUCGUACCAGCUGGUAGUGACCGACAUCAAGUACUUCAGCCGCAUCGACUGGCAGUGCAUGGUGCUGGACGAGGCGCAGGCCAUCAAGAGCACCAGCAGUCAGCGCUGGAAGAUGCUGCUCGGCUUCAAGUGCCGCAACAGGAUCCUGCUGACGGGCACGCCCAUCCAGAACUCGAUGGCCGAGCUGUGGGCGCUGCUGCACUUCAUCAUGCCGUCCCUGUUCGACUCGCACCGCGAGUUCAACGACUGGUUCAGCCGCGACAUCGAGAGUCACGCCGAGAACCGCGCCACCAUGGACCAGACUCACCUGGGCCGGCUGCACAUGAUCCUGAAGCCGUUCAUGCUGCGCCGCGUGAAGCGCGACGUCGAGAACGAGCUGACGGACAAGAUCGAGAUCAUGGUCUGUUGUCCGCUCACCAUCCGACAGCGGCUCCUCUACCAGGGUCUGAAGAAGAAGAUCAGCAUUGACGAGCUGCUGCGGAGCACGCAGGGCGGCGGCCAGCACAGCCAGGUCACCACCAGCCUGCUCAACCUGGUCAUGCAGUUCAGGAAGGUGUGUAACCACCCGGAGCUGUUCGAACGGCGCAACGUGUACUCGCCGUUCUUCGUCCGCCUGCCGCCGUACCAGCUGCCGCGCCUGCUGUUCCGGGACGGCCUCCUGCACCGGUCCCUGCCCAGCCGGCAUCAUCUGCUGUACAAUCGGCUGAGCGUCUUCAGUCCGGAGCACGUGCACCGCAGUUUCGACACCGUCACACUGGCAGAUGGCCAGCAGCGCUGCCGGGGCGGCUUCUCGUUCCUGCGGUUCGUCGAUCAUUCUGCGGCCGAGUUUUGCUCGCUGGCGCACAGCCUGCUGGCCCGCUGGCUGCUGCUUCGCGGCCUGGCACGGCACGCACUCAUCAUCGACGGCCGGUGCUCGGCGCUGGAGCGGCCCUGUCCACUUCUCUUCACCUCCUACACGUCGCGGUUUUACGCGCACGUCACGCACCGGAUCGAGUCGCGCUGCGAGACUCUGGACCAUCGCAUGCUGCGUACGAGGAAGACGGCGGCGGCGGCCGGGCCCGAGGGGCAGCGCGAGCUCGUCACCAGCCUGGUGCCGGUCGAGACGCGACCCGUCGCCGGUGGCAAGCUGCACACGGUGGAGCAACGGCUGCAGCUGCUGCCAGAGUUCCCGCACCGGCCGCUGCCGGCCCAGGUGCUGCCGCUGCAGCCCACUGAGCUGCCCGCCUUCCUGCAGCAGACGCCGCGCAAGGCGACGGCCAGCGCCGCCGAGCUGUACUGCUCGGACCGCAGCGCCGCCUGGGCCUGGGCCGACCAUCAGCACUGCGGCUCCCUGCUCGCCCGACAGUGCGUUCUGCACGGCUCGCCGGAGAGUGCGGAGCGCGAGCGGCGGCGGCGCUGGUGUCUGGCCCCGCCCGAGCCGGGCGGCCUCAGCGCUGUGCGGCCCCUGCACGGAUGGUCCCACCUCAUCAUACCAGACAAGCGCACGCUCAUCACGGACGCCGGAAAACUGUACGUGCUGGACUCGCUGCUGAAGAAGCUGAAGGACGGCGGCCAUCGUGUGCUCAUCUACUCGCAGAUGACGCGCAUGAUCGACCUGCUCGAGGAGUACAUGUUCUACCGGCAACACAAGUACACGCGGCUGGACGGCUCGUCCAAGAUUCACGAGCGCCGGGACAUGGUGGAAGACUUUCAGACCAGGUCGGACAUAUUCGUCUUUCUGCUGAGCACCCGGGCUGGCGGUCUGGGCAUCAACCUGACGGCCGCCGACACGGUGAUCUUCUACGACAGUGACUGGAACCCGACAGUGGACCAACAGGCCAUGGACCGCGCCCACCGGCUCGGCCAAACCAAGCAUGUCACCGUCUACCGCCUCAUCUGUAAGGGCACCAUCGAAGAGCGCAUACUGCAGCGGGCCAGGGAGAAGAACGAGAUCCAGAGGAUGGUCAUCAGCGGCGGCAACUUCCGGCCGGACCAGCUCAAGGCCAAGGAGGUCGUCUCGCUGCUGCUGGACGACGACGUCAUCGAGAGGAAAUACCGGGCCCGGCAGGCCGAAACCCAGGGCGAGCGAAGACGCCGCGCCGACCAGGGUGGCGGCGGGGAUGAGAAGCGGGCCCGGGCCGAUGCGGACGACCUGUCCCAGCUGUCGUCUCCUCUCGGCUCGCGGCCGCCCAGCCGGGCCAGCGAGCGCUCGCUGGAGAGUGGCAGUGUGGCCGUGCCGGAGGACACCAGCCCGGAGAGCUCGCUCAUGGUGGAUAUGGACAUCACGCCACUGCCCUCCCCUGGAGGGCCGCCGUCGUCCUUCCUGGACCUGCACCAACCGCGGCGGAAGAGGGGCACCGGCCGCAAGCGAGGCCGGCCGCGCGGCAGUACGUCCCGCGGUGGCAGUGUUAUGGACGUCCUCUCUGAGGAGACCAUGCAGGAGUUCUAUAAGCUAGGGGUCAUCCCGCUGCCGCUAUGA